GUGUAUAAUUCUUAGAUUCCAUUCCAAAUUAUCUCUCUCUGCAUUCAGAAAAUGGAGAACACAACAUUGAAACACGUUGAUCACGAUGAACAUGAAGAAGAAAUCCCCGAUUCCUUUUGUUGUUGCGUUUGUCUGGAUCUAUUUUACAAACCCAUUGUACUAUCUUGUGGUUACAUGUGCUGUUUCUGGUGUAUACAUAAAUCAAUGAGUGGGGUGCGUGAAUCUAAGUGUCCAACUUGUAGGCAUCAAUACUAUCACUUCCCAACAGUCUGCCAAUUGCUUCAUUUUUUGCUUCUUAAGCUCUAUCCUGUUGCUUACAAUAGAAGGACGAAUCAAACUCUUGCACUUCACUGACAACACUCAACUCACCAAGUUCCAUAAUUCCAUCCACUUUUUCCCGAGAAAAUUCCCAGAUUUUCUCGCUGUUCUCUCUCUCACCCACACAUUCUGACAACUUUCUCCAUCUGCACUCAAAUACAUAAAUAAAGGGAAUAUAGCACAGGUUUCUUUGAAGUUGGUUUGUCAAUAUGAAGCCAACUUUGGGUCAAGCUCAAAGUAACUGGGAAGCUGAUAAAGUGCUUGAUGUUUAUAUUCAUGAUUAUUUUCUCAAAAGAAGGUUACACAACACUGCGAAAGCUUUUAUGGCAGAAGGAAAGGUUUCAACUGAUCCAGUAGCAAUUGAUGCACCUGGAGGAUUUCUUUUUGAGUGGUGGUCCGUCUUUUGGGAUAUAUUCAUCUCGAGAACAAAUGAGAAGCAUUCUGAGGCUGCUGCAUCUUACAUUGAGCAAACAAAGGUGAGAGAACAGCCUCAAAUUCAGCAAUUGCAACGGAUGCAACAGCGCAAUGCACAAUUACAACGAAGAGAUCCUAAUCAUCCUGGACUGGGUGGUUCUUUGAACCCCAUGAACUCUGAAGGUAUGUUGGGGCAGCCACCAGCAGGUCAAUUGGCCAUGAAAAUGUAUGAAGCACGAAUGAAACACCCUCAUUCAAUUGAUGCAAAUAGAAUGGCUCUUCUCAAAUCAGCAACAAGUCAUCAAGGUCAGCUGGUUCAUGGUAAUUCAGGGAAUAUGUCUGCGGUAUUGCAGCAAAUGCAGGCACGGUCUGCUUUGAACAAUGUCAUCAAAAGAGAAGUUAAAAUUGGUGCAAGUCCGAUGAAUUUUCCCAUGGAUUCAUCAGUUUAUCGGCAGUCGAUUCUACAAUCGAAAUCUGGGUUAGGCAGAGCAGGAUUAAAUCAAGGUGUUACAUGUCUUCCAUUGAAGGGAUGGCCUCUAAAUGGAAUUGGUCAACUAAGACCUGGUUUGGGUGUACAAGUUCCGAAGCCGAAUUUAACAUCGCAAAACCAAUAUCUUUUGGCAUCACAACAACAACAGGUCUUGGCACAGGCUCAGGCACAACAAAACAGCCUUGGAAAUUCUAAUUAUGGUGAUAUGGAUCCACGCAGACUUUCUGGUCUUCCUCGAGGUAGCUUAAAUCCAAAGGAUGGUCAAUCAAACUGGAAUGAUGGAUCUAUUUCCUCCCAAAUGCAAUCAGGUUCACCCAAGAUGAAGAUGGCCCAGACACAACAAUCAUUGUCUCAGCAGCAAGAGCAAUUGCAGCAGCAUCAACUGCAGCAGAGUAACAGAAAAAGAAAGCAAGCUUCUUCUUCUGGAGCUGCCAAUAGCACUGGUACUCGAAACACAGCUGGUCCUUCACCUUAUUCACCAUCAUCAACACAUACACCUGGUGAUGCAUUGAAUACAGCAAGCAGCAUGGAACAUGUUAACAAUGUGCAAAAGAGCAUGAUGAUGUAUGGUACAGAAGCAACAGGAGGACUUAGAUCAUCUUCAAAUUUACUUGAUGAUAUAGAUGGAUUUGGAGAUGUUGGUGCUUUAGAUGAUAAUGUGGAGUCCUUUCUAUCAAAUGAUGCAGGAGAUGGUGGCAAUCUCUAUGGAACAAUAAAACAAAGCCCAGCUGAGGAACAAAAAGACUCUUCAAAAACUUACACCUUUGCUGAAUUUAGCUGCAUAAGAACAAGGAACAUAGUUACUUCUUGUCACUUUUCUUCCGAUGGAAAGUUGCUUGCCAGUGCUGGAGAAGACAAAAAGGUGACCCUGUGGAAUAUGGACUCUCUGCGGACAGAGCACACUCCUGAAGAACACAAGUUAGUUAUUACAGAUGUCCGUUUUAGACCAAAUUCAUCUCAGUUGGCAACAGCCUCAUGUGACAAAUCUGUGCGGUUAUGGGACGCAGUCAAUCCAACCUAUUGUGUUCAAGAAUAUAGCGGGCACAGUUCAGCCAUUAUGUCCCUUGAUUUUCACCCUAAGAAAACUGAUAUUUUCUGCUUCUGCGAUAAUGAAAAUGAAAUUCGGUACUAUAACAUUACUUCAUCCUCGUGUACCCGUGUAUCCAAGGGAGGUAAUGCAAAAGUGAGGUUUCAGCCUGGAUCGGGACAGUUACUUGCUGCAGCUUCUGAUAAAGUAGUGUCUAUUUUUGAUGUUGAAACUGACAGACAAAUUUACUCACUCCAGGGUCAUCCUGAACCGGUGAACAAUAUUUGCUGGGAUACUACUGGAGAUAUGCUGGCAUCUAUUAGUCCAAAUUUGGUGAAGAUAUGGAAUUUGACCUCAGGAGAAUGCGUUCAGGAGCUCAACUCUACUGGGAACCAGUUUUAUUCUGGUCUCUUUCAUCCAAGCUAUGCAACUUUAUUAGUAGUGGGAGGGAUUUCGUCCUUAGAGUUGUGGAACAUGGCUGAGAACAAAAGCAUGACAAUUCCUGCACAUGAGAAUGUGAUUUCUGCUUUGGCUGAGUGUGCUGCUACUGGAAUGGUUGCCUCUGCCAGUCGUGACAACUCUGUAAAGUUGUGGAAAUAAUUCUCACAUUUUAUGAUCUCAUAUAUUCUUUUUUCAUUCACUCUUUAUUCUGAAAGAAUUCAGAGAUUUUUAUUCAAAGCAAAAAGUAUUUAGAGACCUUUACAAAUAGUAUGAAAUAAGGUAUACUGAUAGAACAUUAAACAAUUUUUGUAUUGUUGUACUAGCAGGAUACCCGUGCAUGAGCACGAUAUUUAUAAUCUACAAUCUACAAACUGAGUUAUUCUACAA